AUGAGGCGGAACAGCAUCGUCCCAAUCCGUUCGCCUUGCCGACGAAUUCACUUGCUGUUUGCGUUCCUAGUGACAACCGUCAUCUACUUUUGCAUCAUACAUCUGGCUCCAUCUUCGAUUCCCCUAAAAGUUGAGUCGUUUUCGGCCAGGCCUGAUGGUGGUAGCGGCCGUGAUUCCAACAACCAGGGCCAUGAGAAUGGAUCGAGCGGUGCAGAACCGUCGAUUCCGCCGGCCAAGCAUGACGAUAACAUUGUUGAAAUGGUGGUGGCCAGCAUGAAGCGGGAGAAUGUUACAUGGUUGCACAAGUACCUGCCGCAGUGGAAGAAGAACAUAGACGUCGUGGAUGACCCCGAGGCUGAGCUAACCGUCCCCGCAAACAAAGGGCGGGAAGCCAUGGUGUUCCUAACGUGA